AUGAAGAUUAAUAAUAAUAAUAAUAACAACAACAAUGAUAAUUUCAACAACAACCUGAUCGCACUUAAGGUGAGAGUGCCUGGUGAUUCCAAGUCAGUUCUUCACGGUGGUCCUCCAGGAUCAAGGAGACCAAUGAUUCCACCGCUGCUGAGCCUCCCACCUCCUCCCAGGGACAGAGGCCCUAUUCGAGAAGGCCUUGGUCCUAGAUGUGGCCCGUAUGGUCGUGGUUGGUGGGGUGUCAAUACCGAACCUCUUUUUCCUGGGCCAGGCCAUGGGGACCCCUUUAGGGAAAGCUUUCACACAGAGCCAAGACAUUCACUAAGGCUCAAAAGCUGGUCUCUUGCCAAGAACAUCUACCCACCGAAGGACGGCCCCCACAUGAUGGAAGACAAGUCUGACCGCCCUGACUGCCGACACUUUUCCAAAGAGGGCCACUGUCGACAUGAAGAUCCGUGUGCCUUCUACGAUCCAGUCGUCAAUGGACCUCCUCUGUGA